GCGAGGCCUUCCCGCAGAUACGCUCGGCGGACGCCCGCCGGCACGGUGACGGCGACGUGAUCGGAGAGGCUGGCCGCCCGCGGAGCGCUGCCAGGAGGCCGUUCUCCGCCAGCAGGCCGUUUUCCGCGCCGCGCGGGCGGGAGCAGCCGGAAGCCAGGGCGGCUCCGCCCCCGAGGCCGGACAGGGAGCCGGCAAGCCACGCCGAGGCGCGCGGCGCGAGCCAGAGCGAAGCCGCCGCGCAGCUCGCGAGCGCAGCCGCGGCCGUGGCCAGCGCGGCCGUCGCGCUCGUGGGCGCCGCGCAGGGCCAGGGGCCCUUCUCGGCCCGCUCGUGGGCGCCGGCGCAGGAGCAGGCAGCUGCAGGCGCGCCACUGAACCUCAUCGAUGCUGCGCAGCUGCAGGCGCUGGCCGGGGCCACGGCGGCGCUGGGCGGCGGCACGGGCGCCGCGGGGAGCCAGGCGAGCGCGGCGGCCUCCCCGGCGGGCCCCGCCC